UAUCAUAUUCAUCUCAUUUUAUUUAUUUUCAAUAAAACUGUACUGUAGGAAUAUUUAUCAACCAGUACUAAUGAGCUCAAUUCGUUUAAAAGUAACUGUCAAAUCGUCUAUCCUCAAAAUCGCGUACAAACUGUAAUUAGUAGAAACUAAUAAUUAUAAUGGGAAAUGUUUCUAAAAUAAUUGAACCACAGAUAUAUUUAUCUCACAUAUUUAACAUAUUCCAAAUCUCUAGAAUUAUCUGGAAAACAAUUUAGAAUCGUCAAGAAAAAGACCUUACAUUUCAAAAAUUAGGCAAUUGAAAUAAAGAGCAAAGUACACCGUGCGCAUGCGCGAAAAACCGCGCCUGCGCAAUGCAGCGAUGUUGUACAACUGUGCAUAUAGCGCUGAAGUGUCGAAGGGAGCUGUGGGGUUUUCCCACUUUGUGCUUUUUCUCCUCAAAUUGAUUGUAAUCAACAAAGUAUGGAAUAUUGUCUAUCUCUGUCUGUUACAAUGUAUCUGAGGGGAAGGGAUACGGAGUGGGAGAAGUCUAAAGCUCCCCUAGCAUCUCUCGUGUAGUAUAGUAGAAACGUGAACAGUGUUUUCUUAGUAGAGCGGAGCGCAUCCGGCGCGAUGCUGGUGUGCGGUGUUUUACGUACUGUGUUAUCGGUUUCUUUCGGCGCAAUCGUACAAAUCGUAAUAUUUCUACUACAAAAUUCAAACAUCCUGAGAGUGCAAGCUUCCCUUCCACCGGGAGCUGAGGACGAAAUUAUUUUAAUUGAACAUCUACCUGGACGAAGAGUUCAUCUUCAGGACUUUUUUUGGACCGAUGCUAAAGAUGCUCCACCAUGGGUGGAUCCCAAUCAAGGACUGACUUUUUAUGAAACUAGAACAAUUCAUCAUACAGUAACACUUUAUUCACCUGUUGAUGACAAAGAUAAACAUGAACCAAUAUCUCCACAUAGAACUGACUCUUAUGAUCCAAAAUGUACUACUUGUAUUGAACCAACUCCUAAAUUAGAUGAAGAUGAAGAUCAGAAUAUUGGAGUUCUUAUUGGAGAAGAUCCUGGACCAAGGUACUGGCUACUAACAGUCCUCCGUGCUGGUGAAGCUGUACCACCAAAAAUUGAAUUGAGAUUAGCACGUUUGUAUCGUACUGCAUUUUCAAGACAACAACAACGUCACCUAGGUCUUUUACAAACAGACCCAAGGUUGCGAAGAGUAGCAAGAGACCAAAGACUUGUUAAUAAAAAGCCAGAUAUUGCUUAUAAUCAUGAAGAAAAAUUUGAAGAAUCUACAAUAUCAUCAGCUAAAUUAAUAGCUCAAACAGAAUCAGAACAUCAAAUUUCUACAUUACCAAAACCUAUAAAAAUGAUUGAAGUAUCCAAGUUCAAAAAUACUCUCUUACCAACUUCUGAUAGCAAUAAUAUUGAAAACCACAAAAAAAGUUCUGAGAUGGAUGAGCAGUUAAAAAAGUCAAGUCUUAUUCAAGAAAAAGUAUCAUCAAAUGAAAAUAUACCUGUUACUACACCAAUGGAUUACAAUGAAAGCACUAUGGAGUAUACUAAUAUAUCUUCUGCAAAGCUUAACUCUCAGGUUUUUUCGAGUAAUGAUUCCAAACAAAUAUUUAACAAUAUUAGUACAGAAGAUAUAAGUACAAACAAACGUUCAGAGUUACGUUCAUUGGAUCAUUCUGCAGAUCAAACUGUUCAAGUUAGAAUGCAGAAUACAAGUAUGACUGAAAGUGGUGCUACGAAGUUGAUUUAUUCUGUUCACUUAGGUGGCAAACCUGUACCUGCUGAAACAGCAGCCAGGGAUAUGGCUCUCUUGUCACCUCAAGAAGUUGCAUUGGAACUUGGUGCACCAGUUAUUAUUCAAAGUGAACCUUAUUUAAAAGAAACUCAACCACUGGCUCUUUCAAGAAGAAGAGAUGCAUGGCUACUAAUUGGUGCAGCCAGUGCGGGUUUUAUUCUCUUAGCUCUGGUUGUUGCUGGAUUAAUUCUUGCAGCAAAAAGGAAAAGAGCACACAGUGCAGUAGCUGCUCCACCAAAUCAUCAUAUUUUGAAGAAGAAAAGGGAUUAUAUACAAGCUACUGCUGAUCUUGACAAUGCUUUUUCAUCUGAAGUGGAAGCUAAGACUGACGGUACCAGUCACAGACAGACUCCUGGAAGUUUAUCGAGAACUCCAGUGUCCCUUGAAAGUCCCGACAGUCUAGACGCAAGUAUUCAUGAGGUUUCAAGCGACAACGACGAAGAACAAAAAAGAAAGGCACGUGAGCCAAGCCCAUGGGAACAUCCUCCAAAGAGAUCGAGACUAACUCAUGGAAGAAUAUCUCGGUCAAAUGCCAUUGAUACACCUAGGACAUCAGAUUCAACAGAUGUGGUAGCUGAUCAUUUAGAAACUUUUGAUUCUUUGGAAAAUAAUUAUACUAGACAAGAAGAGGAAGCCACUGCUUCACCACAUUCUUACCUUUCUAUGCCCUCUUGUAAACAGUUUCCUAGUAUGAAAAGUGUGGAGCCUCUUUCUAGAGUUCUUGAACCAGUUAUGGUUAAACAUUUAGAUAUAGAUUCUCCAGAACUGACGAGACGAGAUAGUGACUAUAGAGAUGUUUUCAGAGGUGAUGAACCAAUUGAUAAGUUUUUUGCACGAACGUCAAGUGCGAUCAAAGAUCCUGGAGUUGUAGGUCCUAUUGUUUGGAACCUUCGGAGACAGAAUUUAUCUACAGAAGGUAAUGGUACAUCUGGAACAGAUAUUGACCCAGCCUAUAUGGCACCAUCUGGCCCUGUAGGAAGAGCAAGAAGAAGACUUCAUGAAUUGCUAGAAGAUUCCUUCAGUCUCUUUGGAAGUAGAGAUCCUAAAAAUGAACCACAGUCAAGUGUAACACGACCAACGUCCGCAGUACAUGCUCCAGAUGUUCUCACUAUCUUUUCAGAGACCAAAGGAAGACCUACUCACAGUUCCACGGCAGCAUCGGUAACCGAAAUAAAGCCAAGACCCCGUACAUCAUUACCAGGGAAGCCCAUCAAAGGAAGUGUUGCAGAAAGUGAAAGUGCACCACCUCAAUCUCGUAGUGGAUGGGGUACCAGACCAUUAAGUGCUGGUCCAUUUCACAGACCUAAUUUGCCAGAUAUAGACACAAGACGUAUACUUACAGACUGUCAACUUCCGCCAGAAGAUCCUGCUGUACCAUUGAUAGCUUCAAUCAAAAAAGAACUGGAGAAGUUUUCCCCGCGAUAAGUGACAAAGAUAACGAGCAAUAACAAGGUUUUUUAGUCCUUGAGAAGUAGAUACACACGUUCAAUACUAGAUAUACUUAAAUCAGUAUUUGAAACUGUAUUCGUAUUAAUGUGUAAAUAUUUUAGAAACUUUUUAUACACUUUUAAUCGAUAAUGUUUAUAUUCUACAUGAUGUAUUUAUCAUAGCGUGUUCACAUCGAACGUAUUUACAUGAACUCAUUCAUUCUUGUAGCAAUUUUCCAAAUGCCAUAAGUGGAUAAACUAGGUAUAUUUAAUAGGAAAUAUUUACUUCGAAAUGUUGAUAAGAUCGUGAUCGAACACUGCAAUAUUAUGUUACAAAUUUAUAAUUGCAAAAUC